GGUUCCCUCAGCGGCCGGAGCUCUGGCGGAGUCUGCGCGAUGGGCGACCCGGAAAGGCCGGAAGUGGCCGGGCCUGAGCUGGAGGAGAGGUUAUCUUCAGAUACCAACGAAAAUGAAGCAAAGUCAAGUGAAGAACCACUCCUAAGAAAGAGUUCACGCCGAUUUGUCAUCUUUCCAAUCCAGUACCCCGAUAUUUGGAAAAUGUAUAAACAGGCACAGGCAUCCUUCUGGACAGCAGAAGAGGUUGACUUAUCGAAGGAUCUCCCACACUGGCACAAGCUUAAAUCAGAUGAGAAGUAUUUUAUCUCCCACAUCUUAGCCUUUUUUGCAGCCAGUGAUGGAAUAGUGAAUGAAAAUUUGGUGGAGCGAUUUAGUCAGGAGGUGCAGGUUCCAGAAGCUCGCUGUUUCUAUGGCUUUCAAAUUCUCAUCGAGAAUGUUCACUCAGAGAUGUACAGUUUGCUAAUAGACACUUACAUCAGAGAGCCCAAGAAAAGGGAAUUUUUAUUUAAUGCAAUUGAAACAAUGCCAUAUGUUAAGAAAAAAGCAGAUUGGGCCUUGCGGUGGAUAGCAGAUAGAAAAUCUACUUUUGGGGAAAGGGUGGUGGCCUUUGCUGCUGUAGAAGGAAUUUUCUUCUCAGGCUCAUUUGCUGCUAUAUUCUGGUUAAAGAAAAGAGGUCUGAUGCCUGGACUCACCUUUUCCAAUGAACUCAUCAGCAGAGAUGAAGGGCUUCACUGUGACUUUGCUUGCCUGAUGUUUCGAUACUUAGUAAAUAAGCCUUCAGAAAAAAGGGUCAGGGAGAUCAUCAUUAAUGCUGUUGAAAUUGAGCAGGAGUUCUUAACAGAAGCCUUGCCAGUUGGCCUCAUUGGAAUGAAUUGUGUUUUGAUGAAACAGUAUAUUGAGUUUGUAGCUGACAGAUUACUUGUGGAACUUGGAUUCUCAAAAAUUUUUCAGGCAGAAAAUCCCUUUGAUUUUAUGGAAAACAUUUCUUUAGAAGGGAAAACAAAUUUCUUUGAGAAACGAGUUUCAGAGUAUCAGCGUUUUGCAGUGAUGGCGGAAAACACAGAUAAUGUCUUCACCUUGGAUGCAGAUUUCUGAAACCCUUCCCUUAUUUAAACUUAUUGCAUCUAACCUGACUGGCGUUCCUCAGAACAUACUUUGGAAAAAGCUGGCCUGGAAUCAUUUUAUAUGUAGAAGAAGGGCUUGUGGCUAAGCCAGGGAGAACCUGGUGGGGUUAUGAACCAUUUCAGAUUUAUGCCAAGCUGAGUCAUGUACUGUGAGGGGGCUCAUCUGUGUUUAAUACUCUUAAAACUCUUUUUUUGCUGUUGUGAGAUGUAGUUCUUUUAAUGGAACUGUGCAUGCUGCAGGAUAGCAGAUGGUGCAGGAGUUGGAGGAAAGGCCAGAAGCCAAGCUCUCUGAGCAGUCUGCCCCUCUUUACAGUAAGGAAGUGUCAGAGGUCGCCUGAGCCCCAGCAGGCAGUGGGGUGCCCCACUCACAGCAUAAUAUCAUGUCAUAAAAUUCUAGAAGCUCAGAUUUAGAGAUUUCCUCUUUGUAUAAAUUUUUGCCCCAUGCAUGCCACAACUACCUAAUUGAUUAAAACAGGAUGUUCUCAAGUGGAUGCAAAAGGAAGUGACUAUAACCUUAUUUGUUAGCAUAAUAUCAGAAACUUGAGAUAUCUGGCCUAUGAUAAUACCAUUUGUUUGUUCAGUGCUUCAUAGUUUGCCAGGUGUUUUUACAUCACCUCAUUUGGUCUCGCAACAGUGUUCUGAGCUUGACAGAGCAGCUUGUAUUGAAAUUUUACCAAUGGAAAGAGUGAGGCUCCGAGAAGUUAAAUGACUUGGCCAAGGUCUGUUCAUAGUCACUAUCCCUACAAUGUAAUUUUUAAAGGUCAUUAUGUUUCUUGUAUUUAGUCAUUUGUCAACCUUCUUGAUUUGAUUUUGCUUAUUUCCCCAUUAAAGUAUUAUAUACUUUAAUUAAGGUAUCAUAUACAUUAAUUAAAGUAUCGAAGUAUCAUAAACAUCUUAACUAUAUUCAGGUAAUAUGUUCAAAUAUAUUUACUGCCAUACAAAAGCUUAACAUUUAAAAUUGAUAAUAUCUGUAAUGGAUGGAAUGAAAGAAAAAUAGUCCAUAUUUACAGUCCAUAUAUCCUUUGUUUUGAACCCAAAUUUUUCUCAGAGGUAAUGACAGGUGCCUUAAUAUGAAGCUUAUUUAUAGUAGCAAUAAACCUAACUGUAUUGAGAUGAAAAAAUUUUAAUACUGAAAUACUGGAUUUUUAAUACACUGGUGUAUUACAUUUGGUAUUCUAUAUCCUUUCCCAGGCCUCCAGGUUGCAUAUUUAUUUAUUAUGUUUAGUAUUUUGGUUCUUAGUUUUGAAGGAAUCAAGAAAUUGUGGAAUUUCUUUUUAGUAUUAUCUCGCAAGUAAAGAAAGAAAGUCAGAGUAUGUUUACAAUUUUUUAACAGCACAUGUAUUUAAAUCAUUGCUAUAGUAAUUAAAGUUAAUUUUUUUUAGGAAUAUAAAAACUGGUAGUCCUAUGAUACAUUGCAUUUAUUUAAAAUGUUUCAUUUUAGUAUGUAGAAUCAUGUCUUAGAAGGAUUUGGAGAGACAGUUGAUCCAGUGCUUCCAGACAGGGCUGUUUUACUGUCCAAUUAUAUACAAUAAUGAACCAUUAUUAUUACAAUACAAGCUUACCCCAGUCAUGUCUUUAUAUAUGAAAUUUUUACAGUUGUCUCAUUUUGGAAACUCAAGUUCUCUGCUUCUUUUGCCAUUUUGUUUUUCAUUUGUUCAUUAAAAAAGUGAUUAUU